AUGUCUGAGGAGCAAAGUCACAGUGCUGGCUUGCCCGAACCUCCAGAGGGGGCCUGCCUUACUCCACUGAACCCACCCACAAGUCUGUCCUCAGCACCCUGCUCAGUUGCUUUUGAGAUCUCUGGGGAGGUAGCCAAUCAGCUCCGAUUUCAGCUGUGGAUCUGGGACUUGAAAUGGCAGGAGGAUGGGGACGCGAACAGCGAGGCCCAAGUGACGAGUUCAGAGGUCAUCUCUACGGAGAUACCAGCGGAUGUGGAGAACGGGAACAACAACAGCACUCAGUCGCGGGCAGACCUCAGUACGCCCAGCAAGAGCAUAACAUGUCAACCUCAGGCCCGGUCAACGCCUUUGCACCCCGCAACAACCACUGCAUCAGAGCAAGCUGGUCUGCUGAAGAACGGCACCAAGUCCCACACCCAUCUCAACAACGGUUUGAGGAAUGGAGGAACGCUACCGAGAGCUGCCUCCUCCUCCUCCUCUUCCUCCUCUUCUCACAAGAACCCCAAGAAACUGCAGUCAAACCCAUCCAUCAACAGCCAGAGCAGCAAGAGGAGUAAGGGCAGCUCCAAAUCCAACAGUUCCCAGAUCCCCACUGAGGCCCAGGAUGACUGCUGUGUCCACUGCAUCCUGGCGUGCCUGUUCUGUGAGUUCCUAACUCUGUGUAACAUUGUGCUGGACUGUGCCACCUGUGGUUCUUGUGCUUCUGACGACUCCUGCUUCUGCUGCUGCUGUGCCUCUGAGGAGUGCGGUGACUGUGACCUGCCGUGUGACCUGGACUGCGGCAUCAUCGACGCGUGCUGCGAAUCUGCGGACUGUCUGGAAAUCUGCAUGGAGUGCUGUGGCCUUUGUUUCUCCUCCUGA